GCUUUCCUAUGUUGAUGUUGUCUUCCAGCACCUCUCACUCUACAGGGGUUGAUGAUGUGUUCAAGCAGACGAAGGGUUUAGUUGAAAUUUUACAUCUACUGAUUCGUAUUCCUGAUCUGUAGUGUUGAAGGCAAGAUGGUUGAUGAAUCGACGAGAAAAACUCUAAGCUGUAUUCCUCUGUUAAAAACUAAAGCGGGUCCCCGUGAGAAAGAACUAUGGGUGCAGAGGUUGAAAGAAGAGUAUCAAGCUCUCAUUCAGUACGUUCAAAACAACAAAAGUGCUGACAAUGAUUGGUUCAGACUAGAGUCUAACGAACAAGGGACUCGUUGGUUCGGAAAGUGUUGGUAUAUACAUAAUCUUCUGAAAUAUGAGUUUGAUGUUGAAUUUGAUAUUCCGGUGACAUAUCCUUCAACAGCACCAGAAAUAGCAUUACCAGAGCUGGAUGGCAAAACUGCUAAGAUGUACAGGGGUGGAAAAAUUUGUCUGACAGACCAUUUUAAGCCCCUCUGGGCAAGAAAUGUUCCUAAAUUUGGUAUCGCUCAUGCUAUGGCUCUUGGGCUUGGACCCUGGUUAGCUGUGGAAAUUCCUGACAUGAUUGAGAAGGGUGUCAUACAGUAUAAAGAAAAGACAGAAGGGUAAGAUAAGAAUGAAUAUUUUCUUAGAACACGUAAGUCCAAAGAGGACAAAAUGCAUUUCUUUUUGGCACUACCCUAAGGCAUUGGUAUCGGUUUGGUUGAAUGUGCCUGCUCUGCAAGUAUUGUAAAUAAAACAUAUUUUUUUAAA